AUGUUGAGGUCAAAUAAUUUGUAUUACUUUAUUCGAAACUUUCCCUUCGCGAUAGGCAACUAGCUGUCUGGUUUGUCAGACUUAUCUAUUACAGAUCUUUGACGUAUUUUUCAUAUACAUGACGUGCCGUGAUUGCGAAGUUGAAGAGAUUUUUCGGAAUCGCUUUAAUAUCUUUUCUUUAUAAAUUGACCAUCAUGUAAAGACGUUCUUAUAAUAAAUACGACGGAUAUUGCCAAAUGGGAAGAUUUCUCUGAAUGGUAUUGAAAAAAAAAUGAAGCCAAGAGGAAUCAACUUCAUAAUGCGUAUCAUAUUCUCCCAUUGUUUUUAUGUGAUAUUUGUGUUGGCAGUUGUUGACGGCCUGAAUGUGUUUAGACGAACUGAAUUGUUUAAUAACACUAAUAACUUUCUAGAAGAUGAUUAUCCAUCAUCGAAUUACACAACAGACAAUAUCUCAACCUCAGAACCUAAGAAACAAUUCGAACUUUUUUCCAAUCUGAAUUUUUCAGAUAACAUAAAUAAUAAAGGAAUGUUUGAACAUAUCAACAUUUCAGAGACAUACCUAGCAGAUCACGUUUCAAUUAAUUCUCUUCAAGAUGAUAUAAAUAAAUACAUAAUAGAAAACAAUAUGCCUGUCUUAACAAAUGAAACUAAUUAUUCAAUAUCAAAUAACAGUGUAAAUUUUAGCAAUAAAAGUAUUGCCAACGUUUCGAACCAAAAUAUGACUAACUUUUUUAAUGAUUCAAAAAGUGCUGUAUCAAAUAACAGUGUGAAUUUCGACAAUAGUAGUACUAAGAAUGUUUCGAGUCAAAAUAUGACUAACUUUUUAAAUGAUUCAAAAAGUGCUGCAUUAAAUAACAGUGUGAAUUUUAGCAACGGUGAUAAAAACAGCAUUUUAAAUCAAAAUAUAUCUAAUGAUUCAAAAAGCGCUCAGUUUGACAUCGUUUUAUCUGGAAAUGCUACAAACGAAAUAGUUCUACAAGUAUCAUCAAAACGUUAUAAUUCACCUAAUUCAUUUAUGUUUGAAAAUGAGGUUAGGUUAGCGAAGUUCGUUUAUAAAAGUGAAUCAACUGGCCUAGAUCACACCAAAUCAGAAUUCGGAGAAACAGCAGCUAGUCAACAAUCACAUACUUCUACAUCAAGUGACAAUAUCGCUUACGAGAAUUCCAUAACAAACACAAAUUCCAUAAAUGCGUCAAGUGACAUUGAUACAGAAAAUCAUACCACAGAUGAAACCUUAACUUUUGCACCAGAAUACCAAGUUCACUCUCGAGGAGUCCUUUCCCGGAGAGCCAGAUUUGACGAAGAGGAGGAAAGUAAUUUUGAACAAGAAGGCCAAGCAUCUAGACGUACUGGAAAAGUAUCCAGGAUACCAUUGAUACCGAAUUUCCCUGAUACCGAGAGGCCUAUUCAAGAAGAGCCAGAUAAUGCAACUUAUGAGCAACUAAAUGAAUUCAUU